AUGAGAUCGUGCAAAAAACAUAAGCCCCUACAAGUUCACCGAAUGCAACCAACAGAUGUUCUUAGUUCACGUCCACUGGAGAAUAUUAUAACUAAUAGAAAGAAAUCACUUUCUGGAGAAAAAGUCUCCGGGCUGCAGACGAAAGAAAUUUUAUUAAAAAACAGAAUGUUUUCUUUAUUUAUGCGGUACAAUAUAGACGAUUCUUUUGUAGAAGUAGACCUGAAAAAAAAUUGCCGCGGCAGACAACGCUUCAUAUCAAAAAGUCUAAUGCAAAUGCUUUGGCCUGAUUUGAAGAUGAUACCACAAGCAAAGUUGAACGACAUAAAAAGCCUAAUGCAUUUGAUCCCACGUGAUGCUCAGGCAUUCCACAAAAAAUUGACUGGUGACAAUAGUAUAGAAGAUGAUGUAGACGGAAUUUCGGGGGAACCUGAUUUUGAGAUUGAAGUGGAAGUGGACCGCGAUCCUAUAUCUUGA